AUGCCCUCGAGCGGCCAGGAGCGCCAGCGCCAGCACCCAAAACAGCGCCAGCAACAGAACCAGCAGGUGCAGCAGCAACCCAUCCACUCACCUCCGGAGCCAGGGUGUUGCGGUCAUAUUGCCGAUGCCUAUGGGAACUUUGCAGUGCCACGUGAUUACUGCGAAAAUACCAGGAUCGUCUGGCAGGUCUGCGGGUGUCCCCCUGAGCUCGCAGAUGACGACUACAACUACGGACUCGCCAACGAUGAAGACACACCAGCGACUGCCAACAAC